AUGAACGGGAGCGGCUAUUUUCGAAGCGACAGUAAAACGCGAACCAUCGCGAGACACGUUCAAAGAUGCACCGAGAAACAUAAUGUCGUCUGUCGCGACAGCAACAGUAUCGCCUUGACGCAAUUGAAAGCGAGUGUUUCGACGACAAACGAUCGUCCGUCAACGAGCACUGCCGCGACGCCGAUUAAUCACCGACCGAUAUGGAUCGACGAGUUCGAAGUGGAACGUCGACGAGAGAAACGCGAAACAUUCAGCGCCGCGGUCGCGGCGAUCGACAACAAACCGUUUUUCUCUCGCACAAUGUCGCUGUUGCUGUCGCAUUCAGCGAAAAUGGUUGCUCCAUAUAACGACAGGAGUGAUACUGUUAUCGCUGACAAUGACCGGUCUGACCAAUGAGAAAGGCCGGCGAAUCAUCGAGCAGCAACCGUAUUACAUACCACCGUCCUAUCCGGCGAUAAAAACCGGCGAAAAAAAAGUCUUUCAUCACGACAACGCCAGACCACACGUUUCGAAAAAGACGCUGCGCAAACUGAAGAGCCUGAAAUGGGAUGUCUUAACGCAUCCACCGUAUUCUCCUGAUAUCGCACCAUCUGACUAUCACUUGU